UUUGAUUCAAAUUAAUUUUGUUUGUUUGGUUUGGUUUUUCAAUCGAUUAAUUACACAAAAGAAAAUAAAAUGUAUCUAAUGUAUUAUCUGGAUGAUACUAGCAAUAAACGUGUUUAUACUAUGGCCAAAGUUGAUCCAUUUGGACGUCCAACAUUUUCGGCUCAUCCAGCUCGUUUUUCACCAGAUGAUCGUUAUGCAAAUGAAAGAAUUAUGAUUAAAAAACGUUUUGGCCUAUUAUUAACACAACGAAAUGCCGAUGGUGGUGGUGGUUCAUCACAACAAAAUGGAUGCACAAAAUAAUAAUUGGACAACCACCACUACUACUACUACUA